AUGAGCUCAACAGUGUCAUCGCCAGCUUCAACACCGUCUGGCGCGCGUAUUUCGUCGAGCAACGGCCCAACACGACGCCAGCGCGUGCUGUGGGACAGCGACAGCGCCACGCGUGGUGGCAAGACAUCCAUUGCCAUUCUGCUGGAGUGGCUGACCGCCCCAGGCAACUACGCGCGCUGGCGCGACGGUAAGUCACAGACAGGUGAGACUCGCGAAACGCUAUGCUCCGAGAUCAAGAGCACCAUGCGACAGCACGGCAUCCACCACCGAGAAAAUGCCAACAUCCGCACGCAGAUCAGCGAGCUUGAGCGCAGCUUCGACUCUGCGCGCAACUGGCUCAAGGAGAAUGACUUGCACCCGUACACGUUCCCCCAUGGACCAGCAGAGACUCAUGUGUUGCGGAUGUGUCGCUAUUACCACACAUUAAAUGAGGUGUUUGGUCAUGAUGAGGACCAAGGCCUUUCGUCAAAGACGACCGUACCAUCAGAAGACAGUGACUUACACACGCAACGCAUGCUGGCGGAAGCGGUGCGUGAAGAGCGCGAACGGAAACGCUUCUGCAUGGAGGAGGAGCGCAACAAGCUCGAGUGUGAGAAGCUACGUUGCGAGGUGGAAGCGGCCAAAUUGAAGCUCACCAUUGACCGCGCACUUGCGCGUAAGAAACUAUUGGACGCCGGUCUGCCUGAAGCCCAGGUGGAUGAGCUCUUUCCGAAAUAA